UUGUUUGUAUACAACCCUAGGUAAAAUGGAAAGGAUAAUUAGGCCAGUUUUUACAUUGGACCUCGGAUAUAAAAUUUUGCCCGGUUUAGUGACCAUUGGGAAAUAUGACGGGAGCCAUCCAUGUUUGACUGCAGCGACCACGGCAGACAAAGUCCUAAUUCACAGUCCACAUAGAAGAAGCACUUCGUCUUUCGGCAAAAUUAUCUGGUCCGAGUCGAACAAAGAAAUCGCAACUUUAAACGUAAACCAAACGAUCACUGCGUUAACGGCGGGUUCGCUGAUCCCAAACGAAGACAAAGAAGUGCUGAUUAUAGGUACCGCCACCCAUUUGCUGGUUUAUCACGUCCACGACAACAAAGACGUAUUCUACAAGGAAUGCGAAGACGGAGUAAGAUCAGUCACUUUCGGUCCUUCGAGCGACACCAAUUCCUUCAUGAUCGUAGUCGGAGGAAACUCUUCUGUUCGAGCAUUCGACCACCAAGGCGACGAGAUUUUCUGGGUCGCCAUAGGCGACGUGGUCACUUCUGUUAUCCUGAUGGACUACGACAAAGAUGGAGACGAUGAGCUCGUCGUCAGUUCUGAAGAUUACAAAAUAAGGGUGUUUAAAGACAGGCGUGUUAUCACUGAGCAGAUCGAAACUGAAGUGGUGACUGGUUUGGUUGUGUUGCCUGAAAACAAGUUCGCUUACUCUGUGUCGAACGGCACCAUCGGCGUCUACGAGCGUGACCUCCGUACUUGGAGAGUGAAGUCGAAAAAUUUCGCGGUCGCUAUUCACCCGUACGAUCUGCUGGGUCAGACUCAACCCCAGCUAAUCACCGGUUGGUCCAACGGCAAAAUCGACUGCAGAUCCAUCACUACCGGUGAAGUAAUCUUCAAAGACUCAUUCACCGCCGGUAUAGCGGGCAUCGUUCAAGGCGAUUACAGAUCUUUGGGCAAGAGCGAUCUUAUUUGCGUGUCAUCCGAAGGGGAAGUUCGCGGCUAUUGCGUGACGAAAACCGCCGGAUUCGAGACAUCCCUGCAGCAGGAAACCGUCAGGGACCUGCUGUCGCAGAAACAAGCCCUUUUGAUGGAACUGAAGCAUUACGAAAGCAACGCGAGGUACAACAGCCACGCCGAAGGGGAAACGGAGAGUUUCGAAACUAGUGGUGUGAUACCGGCGAACACCAGGCUGCAACUGAUCGUCACAACCAAGUUCGGUAAAGGGGACGGAAAAGGAUGCGUCGAGGUAUUCGUGUCGACUAACAAUUCGACGGUGAUAAGGGCUCUGGUAAUUUUCGCGGAAGGUAUCUUCAAAGGGGAAAGUCACGUGGUGCAUCCGGAUGUGGCCAAACUAUCGUCGGACCUCGCCGUCCCCCUCUACAUUCCGAAAGACAACGCCACUGAUAUUCACAUCAACGCUCAUGUCGGCUAUCCCAACAGUAUCCAGUUUCACAUAUUCGAAAUCACGAAGCAAUUGCCUCAGUUUUCCAUGUACGCCCUUAACGCCGGCAUCAGUCGAACAACAUGCGACUCCUUCGUACAAUUCAAGGCCAACGAUAGGGUUCAAAGGAUGUGCAUCUGGAUAAACCAGAAUUUCCUGCUGGCCACAGAUAUCGAAUUCGAGUCCGGGCCGAACUUGACCGUCAACCUGAAGUGUCUGAGGGACGAUUCGGAUUUGAAACUGGUCUUCGAGACUACCGGCAAGAUCACCUUUUACACAGAGAAUAUGUUUUUGGCCGCCGAUUUGGUGCAAUCGCUGGCAACGUUUUUGAAUUUGGAUCGUUUAGAGUCGGUGGCCUGUUUUCCACGUGACGAAGAGAACAUCAAAAAUCUAAUGCAAAAAUUGGGCGACAUCCAAGAAACGCGCCUACGUUUGGGUACCGACGUCGCUGAUAAGUUGAACACCAUCCGCAACCUCGUCAUUAGGGCCGAAGACAGUCGAAUAAAUGACACAAAAGACAUGGCCGACUGUUAUCACGAACUGAACGCCGUGAACAAGGAAAUAAUUGGAGGUUACAAUAUCAAAGUGCAAAAUUACAACGAAGGCUUGGAAACGAUGAAGAAGAUCAACACCAUUAUCCAAAAUGCUUCUAGAUUAAGAGUCGGUAGAAAUGCUGCGACGAUGGUCCAGAACUGCAGGAACGCGAUUAAGAACAACAACAUCGAAGGGCUCAUCAAAAUCAUGAAGACGGGAGAAUGAAACUACGGCCGUAACAAACACAAUUUGUCGCAUUUAUUGU